GAAAGGGGCAUCAUCGUCUCUCUCUCCCCCCCGUGUCCCCCAAUCAUUGCGAUCUUGGUUUUCGGAUCUGUGGGAGCGGAAUUCUGAGGUCAUUUGGCUCUCAUUUCUCUCGAGGUGUUCUCUUUCUUUACUUUUUGGAUCUUGCAGUAAAUGAUUGCAUCAAAGACCCCUUAAUAUCCAUGCUUGUGUGGAUUGAUUUGGAGAUCUAUUGGUGAUAUUUAUCACUGAAAAAACAUCAUCUUCAUUGGAGCAUACUGAAACAUUGAGUAGUUGUCAUAACCUGAUUGCUAUCAUCUCUUCACAGAAAAAAAACAUAAACAACUUAUUUUGCUGAGACUUCUUUGCAAAACAAUGGCAACAAAUGAAAACCUUCCACCUAAAGUCAUCAAACAACUUGCCAAAGAACUGAAGAAUCUUGAUGAAACACCACCAGAAGGCAUUAAAGUGGUUGUAAAUGAUGAUGACUUUUCUACUAUAUUUGCUGAUAUUGAGGGUCCUGCUGGUACUCCAUAUGAAAAUGGUAUAUUCCGCAUGAAGCUGUUAUUAUCACACGACUUCCCUCAAUCACCUCCAAAAGGCUACUUUUUGACUAAAAUCUUUCAUCCAAAUAUUGCAACAAAUGGUGAGAUUUGUGUGAACACACUAAAGAAGGACUGGAAUCCAAGUCUUGGUUUGCGACAUGUUUUGCUUGUGGUCAGAUGUCUGCUGAUUGAACCAUUUCCUGAAUCUGCACUCAAUGAACAGGCUGGUAAGAUGUUGCUUGAAAAUUAUGGAGAGUAUGCAAGGCAUGCCAGGUUGUACACUGGAAUCCAUGCGAUCAAACCUAAACCAAAAUCUAAGACUGGAGCUAUCUCUGAGUGCACCAUGGCUCUUAACGUGGAUCAGAAAAAUGUGGUUUCAAAUGACAAUGUGUUACUACCCCCCACCUUGCUGACCGCUAACACAGCCUCCAAAGUAUCAGCAACAAAUGGCCAGGAUCAGAAUGCUGUCAUUCCUGCAAUGGAGCCUGCCAUUGGAACAUCAGCAAUUGAAAAGAAGGAAGGAGCUGUCACUGCAAAAGUUCAGGUGGAUAAGAAGAAGAUGGAUGCAAGGAAGAAGAGCUUGAAGAGAUUAUAAGGAGAGUGUGGGAGAAGAUUUUAGUACAUGUUGUAUUGUAGAGGACAUAAUCAAUUGGAACUACGAGAAAGAAUUUGUAAUCUGAACUUUUUUGGACAUUCGGGAUCGGGAGAGGGGCGGAGGGAGAGGGAGUCGUUGCAUCUCAUUCUUUUGACUUUCCUUUGUGCAAUCACCUAAUUCAUUGUGGCGAAUGGCAAUGGGUAGUUUGGUUUCUUGGAUCUUGUUCUUAGUUGUCUUCAUUCCUUCAACGAUGAAACUCGUGCUUCACCUUCUCCUCCAGAUCUUAGCUACAUGCCAACAUGACAACUUUCCUCUCGUCAUCUUCCUGCUAGUUUUUCUUUUGGAACUUCUUAAUGAGAAAUGUUUGGCUUUAUGAUCUUCAGCUCAUGGCAACAUGAACGACAUAAAGAUAAAGGGAAACAAAUUGGACCGUACAUUAGCUGUCGUAUUCAGUCUCCUAGGUUACACGGCAGUUCUCUUUCUUGACCCUUGGAAGUCUUUUAAUGCAUGAAUCUUUUAAUUGUAUCCUCAGAACUCUCACAACUGUUAUUUUUCUUCUCAAAAA